UCAGGUUUUUUUGAAGGGGCGGGGGAGAGGAGGCGGGGGGUAAUGUAUAUAUUCGUGUGUGUUGUGAGCGUGUGUGUACACACAUACGGACGGGGGCGCGCGUGUGCGUCUAUGUACAUGGCAACGCCAGCCUCUCCUCCUCCUGCUUCGGCUGCGGCGCGCGCGCUGCCUGCCCCUUCCCCCGAGCGCCAAAGCCAACCAGCGAUGCCUCAGAGCGGACCUCGCUACCCGCCAGUCCUCAGCGCCCCUAGCAGAAGCAGAAGCGGCUCUCCUUUCUCUCUCUCCUCUCAGCACCACCAGCACCACCACAGCCGGUGUCGCCGGCGGCCGCUCAGCUCUCCCCUCCGCCUCCUCCUUGCUCGGUAGCAGUGCUGCUGCUCUGGAUGCUCGGUUGGUUCGCGUUGGAAAGUUUGCUCGGCGGCUGCUGCUGCUGGGAGGCUGCUGGAGUCCGCGUGUGCGCGCGUGCGUGAGGGAGAUUGUAAUUGUUUUUAUUUUUUUAAAGAAAGAAUAAUUCUGCGAGGAUGGUGUCGGUGUUUGGUUAAAAUGUGGUGCCUCCUCCCUCUUCGUCGUCGUCUUCUGCUCCCCUCCUCCUGCUGCUGCUGAAAAAAAAAGGCAGAGGGAGGGCUUCGAGGGUCGCUCGGUGAGGGCUUCCGCGCCUCUCUUUCUCACUCCCACCAUAGCCCCGGCGAGGAAACUCUUGGGCAGCUUUAUUUGGGGGUGCGUGUGGGGAAGGACUGCGUCCCUGCGCCCCCGGAACCGGACAAUAGCAGAUCCACCUGUCCUGAGGAUUUUGACCCUUCCCUCUUUAUUCUUUUUGAAAUCAUCUCUCUUGGACUUGGAUAACAUUGUGGCAAACUGUGAAGGAUUUAAUCUCCGAUUUUUUUUAAAAAAAUUGUUAUCAUUGAGAAGGAGCCUUUUCUAUUUUUUUAAAAGUCUAUUUUUUUAAAACGGCCCCAUCUUGCCCUCUCCUCGAUAUCCCGUUCAUUUCUCCCCCCUCCACCUCCUCCUCAGCGAGGAGGAGUAAACAAUAGCCACGAGGAAAAAAAGGAAUAUGAUGGUGCCGUGGUUAACUUUCGCCUUCCUUUGGGGGACUUUCUGUACACGCCCAGGCCAUGGAGAAGCAGAGACCAGGGAAUGCAUCUAUUACAAUGCCAACUGGGAACUGGAAAAGACUAACCAGAGCGGGGUGGAGCGCUGUGAAGGGGAGAAGGACAAGCGCCUCCAUUGCUAUGCUUCCUGGAGAAACAACUCUGGCUCCAUCGAACUGGUGAAGAAAGGGUGCUGGCUUGACGACUUCAAUUGCUAUGACAGGCAGGAAUGUGUAGCCACUGAAGAGAGUCCACAAGUGUUUUUCUGCUGCUGCGAGGGAAACUACUGCAAUGAAAAGUUCACUCAUUUACCUGAAGUUUCUGGCCCAGAAGUGGUAUAUGAGCCGCCGCCACCAACCCCUUCGCUGCUCAACAUUCUGGUUUACUCUCUGCUUCCAAUCAUUGCCCUCUCCAUCGCCAUCCUCCUGGCCUUCUGGAUGUACCGUCAUCGCAAGCCUCCCUACGGGCACGUCGACAUCAGUGAGGACCCGGGUCCACCCCCCCCUUCUCCAUUGGUUGGACUUAAACCCUUGCAGUUGCUGGAGAUCAAGGCAAGGGGCCGCUUUGGCUGUGUCUGGAAGGCUCAGCUGAUGAAUGACUAUGUAGCAGUGAAAAUCUUCCCCAUACAGGAUAAACAAUCCUGGCAGAGUGAGAGGGAGAUUUUCAGCACCCCAGGCAUGAAGCAUGAAAACCUUUUGCAGUUUAUCGCAGCAGAGAAGCGAGGAACAAACUUGGAGGCAGAACUGUGGCUGAUCACAGCUUUCCAUGACAAGGGCUGUCUGACCGACUACCUGAAGGGGAACAUCAUCAGUUGGAAUGAACUCUGUCAUGUGGCAGAAACAAUGGCUCGCGGACUCUCCUACCUGCAUGAAGAUGUCCCUUGGUGUAAAGGAGAAGGACACAAACCCGCUAUAGCACACAGGGACUUCAAGAGCAAAAAUGUAUUGCUGAAGAAUGACUUGACAGCCGUGCUUGCAGACUUUGGACUGGCUGUGCGGUUUGAACCUGGGAAACCCCCAGGAGACACUCACGGGCAGGUGGGAACAAGAAGAUACAUGGCUCCUGAGGUGCUAGAGGGAGCAAUAAACUUCCAGAGAGACGCCUUCCUAAGAAUAGACAUGUAUGCAAUGGGGCUAGUAUUGUGGGAGUUGGUCUCCAGGUGCAGAGCGGCUGAUGGUCCAGUAGAUGAGUACAUGCUGCCUUUUGAAGAAGAGAUAGGACAGCAUCCGUCCCUCGAGGACCUACAGGAGGUGGUGGUUCACAAGAAGAUGCGCCCUGCAUUCAAGGAUCAUUGGCUUAAACAUCCUGGUUUGGCACAGCUUUGUGUCACAAUAGAAGAAUGCUGGGACCACGAUGCAGAGGCACGCCUGUCAGCAGGUUGCGUGGAGGAGCGAAUUUCUCAGAUACGCAAAUCGGUCAAUGGCACUACCUCGGACUGCCUCGUUUCCAUUGUGACUUCUGUCACCAACAUAGACUUGCUGCCCAAAGAGUCAAGUAUCUAAAUCCUGGUUCACUUUUUUUUUUCUUUUUUGGUCUUUCCAGACUCAGUGGAUUUUUAAAAAGAAAGAAGUUAAAACCACAAUCCAACACACACAUGCACACGCGCACACACACACACACACAUGAAUGCAGCUGCUAUUUUAAUCUUGAUUUUUAUUGUUGUUAUUAUUGUUAUUAUUAUUGUUGAUGUUGUUGUUAUUAUUUUGAUUGGAUCAAUUUUACCAGCACAUUGCUCUACUGUAUUAACAAAAAGAGGACAUCUCUGCAAGCAUUCGGGUGCCGACUAAUGAAUGCAGAUAUGGUGCAGGUACCUCAAGACCUCAACGGACUCGGCUUUGUUUCCCCUUUUGUUUGGAUCUUGUUUUCUGGGUUUUCUCUUUUGUUCGUUUGUCUUUUUACACAGAGCAUCAGUGAUAUCAAGAAAACAACCCACCCAUCUGCAAGACAUGCUGCAAACUUAAGACUGUUACAUAAGAUUACACCUCAAAACAGACUUCCCCCCCAACUUUUCCUUUUCUGUUUUCUAUUUUAGACAGUGAGCUUAAAAAGAAAAAAAAGCAGACGUGUCUUUUACGGGUUUAACGGGUGUUGCCGUAAUGGGGGGGGAGGGGGGAAGCAACUGAGAAGAGAAUGUUAACUCUGGUAAUAGAAUUGAAAGGGAAAAGUUUAGUUUUGGGGCUUGGGAGAAAGAGACGUUGGACUUUUGCAGCAUUUGGAGAAACAUCUGCUAUGGAGCUACUUCUCAGGUAAACAGUUAAUGAGAGAACGGGGCAAGUUUUGAGGCAAAGUAUUCUUAAACUGCUGCGGAACAGAGAGAAAGUUGGGUCACAGUGAAUCACUGGUAGAAUUGGGUUCUUUAAUAUCUCAGGCUUCAGUAGUGUUAAAAAGAAAACCCUCAUAUUUUAUCAAGUUCAGAGAAUGAAAUCUUGGGACUGAAUUACUGCAAAGCCCAAACUUCCCACAAUUUGAAGAGCAGUCUUCAAAUUCUAAAAUUCAGUUUUCUAAAACUAUAAUAAAAAUAUGAAAGGAAACACAAUGCCUAAGCUAAAACAGAAACAAAAAGGCUAUUAAUGCAUGCAACUAGUUCUUAGCAUAUAAUACAGAAGGCAGUUCCCUCUGGUGAUCGGAAGCAUACUUCCUUAUAAAUCCCAGUAAGAACAGUCGGACUUACUUCCAAGUAAAUGUGUUCAAGGAUCAUCACUUGUGAAAUUCUAUUGAUUUUAAGGGUUCUGGAUUUCAUCCAUUAGAUCCUGAGAUGCCCAUAUUUCCUAGGAAAUGUUCUUAGAGCAGGCCGUGCCCUCCAGAUGUUGUUGAACUGCAGUUCCCAUCAGCCCCAGCCAGCAUCACCAGUGGUCAGGGAGGAUGGGGCAACAUCUGGAAGAAACCAUGUUGU